GACUCUAUCCCGGCUUCCGCUCUCGCCGAUAUGCAGGAAGAUGAUCGUCUGUUUUGCCGCAUUCGACAAACCACGUGUUUUGCGUCACGUUUCUCUGAAUGGAAUCUGAAGGAUGAAUUAUGAUUUUGGAUGAGAUAUUGUGGAUGUAGAAUCGUUCCGCAUUUAUCGGCGAAGAGUUGGAAUUUUCGAGUUUAAAACUCAACAGGUGUUUUUACUCCGUACGUUAAAUAGAUAGUGUUUACGGAUUGAUAUUUUGAAAAAGAAAGAGUAUGUUUCAAAUAACUUCUCGUGUGAUGACAUUGAAAAGGCAGAAUCAGCCAAUUAUUGCAUGCGUCUCUCAAUUAAAAAUUUGAAAUUGAAUGUGCUCUUUUAAAAAUUAGUUUAUCAGUGUAUAGGUUGUAGGUAAUAAUUAUAGCUGCUCUUUAUGACAAUAAAAGUUUUAUAUUCUAUGUCAUAUGGCAUGUCGUGUUUUUUGUGGAAAUAUAAUUUUUCCAAGAAAUAAUAUUUAUUAAUGGAAAUGAUAUCUAUUGAUGAUGUGCAUCUAAGUGUUACUUAGAUUAUCUUAUGGAUAACAACAGCUGUUUACUAAUAGGUGUAUUGUUUUGAUUCGUGUGCGGUGGUAGUUUAUGAUUAGCGAUUAUGAUGCUAUUUCUAACAGCAAAAUAGAACCUCGGUCUCAGAAUGGAACCAACUGGUUCUUCUUCUCCCAAGAGCAAAAAAUGCUCUAAAGAGAAAUGCAGUAGCCCCAAAAAGCAUGGUCAGAAGUCUCCGGAGCACAGCAAGCGAUCUCCAGAGCAUGAUACCAAACUAUGGCAAGCGAAAGAACAGGUCUUUAACAUGCCAAGUCCAAGUCGCGAGUUUCGCGAAUGUGUGGUCGUGGAUGACAAUCGGUCUACUAAUACUCAGACUAUAUGUUGUGGUCCCGAUAAGAAAGGAGAGAGUUUCUCCAAAAUGGCUGUGUUAUACUUCAUGUUGUUUUCGUGUGCGUUUGUUCUGGCCAUAGUGGGACUGAGAAUGUUCACCAUUGAGGAUAAACUCUUGAGGCUGGACACAGAGUUCCAGCAGCAGCAAAUGCGGAUAGAUGCACUGGAGAAGAUGGUUGGUCAGUUGACGAAGACGGAUGAAGAACCGAGUGAUCCUCUUGGAAGCAGCAGGACUAAAAGGGAAACAGCGUUAUGCAACUGUCCACCAGUGAGAUUUUAUAAUCUGUUUGGAUCUAACACCCCAAGAACACUAGGAUUUCAGUUCUGA